GGGGCGGAGCUCCGAGAGAGCGCGCGGCAGGGCCUGGCCUCGCCUCAGCCGACUAUGGCGCCCAGCCGUGAUUUGAUGGGGGCUGCCGAAGACUUGGCCGACCAGUUUUUGCGUGUGACAAAGCAUUACCUACCUCACCUGGCUCACCUCUGCCUCAUCAGCACUUUCUUGGAGGAUGGCAUCCGGAUGUGGUUUCAGUGGAAUGAGCAGAGAGACUACAUCAACCUAUCUUGGGGGAGCGGCGCCCUCCUAGCCACACUCUUUGUGUUUAUCAACAUGUGUGGGCAGCUGGCGGGAUGCGUGCUUGUCCUUGCCAGGAAAUUCGUUCCUUAUGCAUGCUUUGGCCUCUUUGGAAUAAUCUUCAUGCAGACAAUUGCCUACAGUAUUUUAUGGGACCUCAAGUUCUUGAUGAGGAAUUUGGCUCUUGGGGGUGGACUGCUCCUGCUGCUUGCAGAAUCUCGUUCCGAGGGAAAGUCCAUGUUUGCCGGAGUCCCUACCAUGGAUGACAUCUCGCCACGGCAAUACAUGCAGCUGGGGGGCCGCUUGCUUCUCGUCCUCAUGUUCAUGACACUGCUACACUUUGAACUUCAUGUCUUCACUAUUUUCCAGGACAUCUUUGGCAUGGCGCUCAUCAUUUUGGUAGCCAUUGGCUUCAAGACCAAGCUAGCUGCUCUGACCCUCGUUGCCUGGCUCUUCAUUAUCAACAUGAUCCAAAAUGCCUUUUGGGACAUUCCCACCUACAGGCCCCUCCACGACUUCCUCAAAUACGACUUUUUCCAGACCAUGUCAGUCAUAGGUGGCCUGCUGCUUGUGGUGGCCUUGGGACCUGGGGGGGUUUCCAUGGAUGAGCACAAGAAGAAGUGGUGAAGAUGGACUGUGAACCAGGGGGGUUGGGAGGGUGUUGACGAGGGCUUUUACAAACCUGUGUAGAAUUUUCUUCUUCCUUGCUUUAUUCUCUUGAAGUUUAUCAUAGUUCACAGUUGCCUUAUCGGGAUGUGGAGGGCUUUUGCCUUCUGUCUUGUCUGAGACAUGUAAAUUAAAGCCUAAUUAUAUAUGUUUAUUUGCUGACUUUGCAUGUUUAGCACAUGAGGCCCCACUGCCUUCUGUGGGGCUGGGAUUUUUGUGAUGUAAGAGUACUGGUUUGAAAGGCUGGCUCUCCCACCAUCCAAACAGAUGUCUAGAGUGUCUGGUUUUUUACCUUGGAGAUUAAAUAGAGUUUGGAGUUUCA